UACUUUAUUGGGUCUGCUUUACCAACAUUGGAUUUCUAACUCCUCUUCAUCCUCACUCUUCCAUUAUGCUUAUUAUUUUCUUAACUCUCAAACUUAUCUUUUGCUUACCUUUAUUUAUCUACCUCUCCCUCCACUCCUCCUCCACCACUACCACUAUCCUUCCCUUUAUAUCUCUUCUGUCUUUGAUAAUAACCUAUAAUCCUUUCUAUACUGUCAUAUAGCUCUUCCUUUCUCACCCUCUCAUCAUGACUCACCCCUUUUGCUCCAACGACUUCAAUGCCUGGUUUGACCUCAAUUCUCCAUUCCUUUUCUCUUCUUCUUCAUCACCUUGCUCCAACCCUCCAUUCUAUUUUCCUUCUGCUUUUCAUCAUCAUCAAUCUUCUCCCCCCAAAGAAGCACUUCCUUUCCUUAACCUAAGCCUUGCAAGGGGUGAAGAUCUUGAAUCUUCCUUCAGUGCCAUGGAAGUCAACAGAGAGAAGGAGAGAGAAUCAAGCAUAUCGUCUAAUAAUAAUAACUCUUUGGAUGAUGAAACUGUGACGGUGGCUUUGCACUUAGGGCUUCCAACCACUACUGCUUCUGCUGAUUCAACUUCAAACACAUACUCAGACAGAGAAAAAGCCAUUGCUUGUGAGUAUUCUCCUAGUAGAAUUAACAAGGGUCAGUAUUGGAUUCCUACCCCUGCUCAAAUUCUCAUCGGUCCAACACAGUUCUCCUGCCCCCUUUGUUUCAAGACUUUCAACAGAUACAACAACAUGCAGAUGCAUAUGUGGGGGCAUGGAUCUCAAUAUAGAAAGGGGCCAGAGUCUCUGAGGGGAACUCAACCAACAGCAAUGCUUAGACUCCCUUGCUAUUGUUGUGCUCCUGAAUGCAAGAACAACAUUGACCAUCCAAGAGCAAAGCCUCUCAAAGACUUUAGAACCCUUCAAACUCAUUACAAGAGAAAGCAUGGAAUCAAGCCCUUCAUGUGUAGAAAAUGCUGCAAAGCUUUUGCUGUUAGGGGUGAUUGGAGGACCCAUGAGAAGAACUGUGGGAAGCUCUGGUAUUGCUCUUGUGGGUCCGAUUUCAAGCACAAAAGAUCCCUCAAAGAUCAUAUCAAGGCUUUUGGGAAUGGACACAAAGCUUAUGGAAUCGACUGUUUUGAUCAUGAUGAUGAAGCUGGCUCUGAAAUUGAGCAAGAAAAUGUCAAUGAACCUUUAGUUUCAAGUCAUGGUUGAUGUGUGACAAUUGAUGAUUCUCAUGUUUUCAAACUGAUAUUAAAUUCUUGACUAUGACUGCCAUCAC